AUGGAGAGCAUCGUGGCCGCGAGUGACGCGCUCCUGUCUCGUGGGAACUCCCCCGUCGUUCACCACCUGUUUGCUGCGUGGCGGGAAGCACUCAGUUUCCAGGGAGACAGCGAGAAGCGCCUGUUCCUCCUCUACGUCUUGAACGACGCGCUGCAAAAGUGCGUCAGUCGCAGAUGUCCCUGCAUCCUGCAACUCGCCCUCGAUCCACUCCGCGCCUUCUGCGUCCAGGCGUCGCGGCGCCCCGCGAGCAAUCUCGACGCGAGUGCGCGCGUGUUCAAGAUCUUGAAAGUUCGGAGAGUCUUCGGAAACAACGAGAGCGGAGAUGCCAUCUGCGCCGCGUUCCUCGCUCUCUUGCGCGGCGAAUCGACCAUCGCCCUCCCAGCAGUUGACCCGGAGAUGUUGCAGCCGCAGCCGCCUUUUCUCCCCACAGACGCCAAAGCCGCCUCCACGUGUCUCCCCGCCCCGCCUUCGUCUGUCCCGUCUUCUUCGUUUCCCUCGGCGCUCGCGUCUCUGCCUGCCGUUAUCGACACUUUCAGUUUGCAGUAUCCUUCCAAGAACGACGAGCCGGUGGCCGAGCACGUGGACCGGCUCUUCGCUGAGGAACCGGGCGAGACGACGUUCAGAGAGACGCUCAAGGAGAUCCUCCACGCGGUUCUGUCCAUUCAGUCCACCGUUGCCGACAAAGACCUCGCGAGGCAAAAACAGGAACAUCACCUCGCGCAGCUCAGUCGCCAGCAAAAACUCUUGGAGGAUCAGCAGCGUCAGAAGCGCGUCAAGUUCGCAAAGUGCGGAGUGCUGCCCGAGGACGAGACGGCGGAAUUCGCGGGGCUCGCCGGCGAUCGAGAGACGGACGAAGCCGCGCAAAGGCGACUCAAAACACAGAUAAAGGCGACACAAGCGAAGGUGAAACUCCUCAUGGAACUCGAAUGGAAUCAAAGAAUCGCGCUCCAGGAGCGUCUCGUGAACCUUGCGGAGAUGGUGGAAGGGAGAAUGGAAGAAGUUCUCGCCCGCCAUGUGCGUUGCAGAGAAGUGAAAACAGUUCUUGAUCGAGCUCUGCAUAUCGCUACGCGUCGACAGCAAGCGUCCAAACCUGUCCUCACGCAGGACGCCUCUUCGUCCUUUUCCACCCCUCCGUCUUCUCUUUCUUCCGCGGCUGGGGUGUCUAGAGAGCCGUCCGCGGGUUCGCAGGCAGAUGCGUGUGCUCUCUCGGCUGGGCGCGCAGAGAAAGGAAGCGAAUCUGUGGAUCCAGAGGCGGACGCGGGGAGGGCCAGCGAGGCGAUGUAG